AUGUCCGUCGGAAAAAUUGGUGAAUUUGAUGUACAUAGUAAAGAUUGGAAAUUAUACGUGGAACGUUUGGAACAGUAUUUUGUUGUAAAUGGUGUUAAAACAGAGUUACAAGUGCCUACUUUAAUUACGAUUAUGGGUGCGGAAAGCUAUGAAUUAUUAGUGAAUUUGUGUACACCGGGGAAACCUAAAAAUAAGACAUUUGAACAAAUAUCCGAGAUUAUAGAAAAACACCUACAACCGAAACCGAGUGAACUCGCUGAGAGGUACAAGUUUCGACAAAGAUCGCAGACAGGCAGUGAAACCAUCUCUGAGUACGUAGCUGUACUAAAGAGGAUGUCGAAGACUUGUGAGUUUGGCAGCUGGUUAGAAGAGAGUUUACGUGAUCAACUAGUCUGUGGUAUUAGCAGUGAAACUAUUAGACAAAGGUUAUUUGCUGAGAGUAAGCUCGAUUUUGCGAAGGCAUACAGAUUAGCAGUUAGUAUGGAAACGGCAGAAAAGGACGCGGCGACAGUUGAAGGUCAUAGUGCAAAGUCAUCGAGCGCGGGAACAGCUGAGUGUCAUAUGACGGCGGCACCGACGUGGCGGAGAGGCAAGGUGGCGGGGGAGCGACCGGCGCGAAACGCCAGCGGAGCGGUGCGGGAGACUGGUUCGCGGGGCGCGCAGGGGCGGCGCGGGGGCGCGGCUGCGGCGCCGGCGCAGCGCGACUGGGGCGACCGCGCAUGGCGCCAGCAGGCAUGCUGCCGGGCGUGCGGCGGAGCCCAUGACACGAUUGCUUGCAAGUUUGCGCGUUACGUAUGCCGGGCUUGUAACAAGCUGGGUCACCUACGACGGAUGUGCCCUAAUUUAAUGGACCAACACCGCAUCGGAGCGACGGGUGACGUCACCUCAGGAUCGGAACGGGAGUCUGAUGGAAGCGAAGAGUUCCAGAUAUUGUGAGGUGUUCGCGGAGG